AUGAGUAUUAUUACAAAUAAAAACCCUCUAUCAUCUUCAAUCAAUGAGAAAAUUGUACUGAAAGGUGAUGGAUUGGCAGGUUUUGAUUCGAAUUUCCCAAGAGAAUUGAAAGGACUAGUUCAACCAUUGGAUUUUAAAUAUUUUAUGUACAAGUUUAAUCAUCAAAUAUUGGUGUUUAAAGGAAAUUUCAUUAGACAUGUAAUGACCAAUCUUAUUACCGUUAUUAUUUCAAUUGUAAUGUUGGUAUUGACAAUGAAGCAUAUAAUGACUAGUUGGACAAAUCUGAUUAUUACUGGUGCAUUGGGUAGUCUUGGUGUUUUUGGUUCUAUAUUUGCGGUCAUUAGUGAAAAUAAAAGAAUUAUGGCACAUAUUGAAGAAACAACUUUGGAACUAUCAGAUCGUUAUAGUGAUGCCGGUCUCUCUUUUAAUAGUAUUCAAAAACCACAAUCAGAACCAACCACAUUUUCAAAGAUGAUUUGUACUGCUUCGAAUUAUAAUUUAGAAAUACAUUUAAGAGGAUCUGCCAACCACCAUCAUGAUCAAUGGUCUUGA